GCAAACACACGUUUUGGUCUGUGCUUCGCUUAAAAACUAAUAUCCAGUGACUUUUGGAGGAACUUAUCUGGAGUUUGAAACGGGGCUUGGUACGUUUCCGUUGUAAAUAACGGCUGGAUGCAUAAUUUGCGCGCAUGCUUUUUUUGAUGGCACUUUUAAGAUUUUUGCAGACGGACGUUUGAUCUCAGGGGUAAAUGGGGUCGUUCGCUGCUGACUGUGCUUGUUUUGAUGGUGCUUUUGAAUGUCAUGACUAAAAAGGACACUUUUGUAAUUUUUUGGUGCUUUAUGUACUUGCAAUAUCAUUUUCGGGAUAACCGAUGGAUUAUUUAAACUUAGUUGUAACAAUGUAACAUGCUGCUGAAAAACCAUAGUGUACUGAGGUAUUGAUGAACUGUGCUAAGGGGCUAAUUGAAGCUCUUGUCGAAGCACACAAAUAUUUGUUUUGUUUUUUUUAGUGAAAUGUGCAAAUCAUUAUAUUUUUCUUCUUCAACGGUGAAGAAUUCAUGCCCGACGUUUUGACUUUUAAGCCUGCAAUAUCUUUAUUUUUCUACCAUGGCAAGCCCGACCGCCGAGCAAGGAUGUUUUUCGGACGUGAAAAAGGUGGGAUAUUUAAGGAAACCCAAAAGCAUGCACAAACGGUUUUUUGUGUUGCGGGCACCGAGCGCCUCCGGACCAUCCCGAUUGGAGUACUACGAAAACGAGAAGAAAUGGAGACACAAGUCAGGUGCGCCGAAAAGGUCCAUUGCGAUUGAGAGCUGCUUUAAUAUCAAUAAAAAAGCGGAUUCUAAAAACAAACAUCUCGUUGCCCUUUACACCAAGGACGAGUACUUUGCCAUCGCCGCCGACAGCGAGCUGGAGCAAGAGUCGUGGUACCAAGCCCUGGUGGAGCUGCAUAACAGAGGGAAAGUCCAUGAAAGCUCCGCGGGCCAUGGUGUUGGCGAGGAUAAUUACGGCGAGGCCACGCCGGGACCUGCCUUCAAAGAAGUCUGGCAGGUUAUUUUGAAACCAAAGGGUCUUGGUCAAACGAAGAACUUGAUUGGGGUUUAUAGACUGUGCCUGACCAAUAAAACAAUCAGUUUUGUGAAGCUCAAUUCUGAUGCAGCCGCAGUGGUGCUGCAAUUAAUGAACAUUAGGAGAUGCGGUCACUCUGAAAAUUUCUUUUAUAUGGAAGUUGGAAGGUCUGCAGUGACGGGGCCUGGGGAGUUUUGGAUGCAAGUGGAUGACUCGGUUGUGGCUCAAAACAUGCAUGAAACUAUAUUAGAAGCCAUGAAAGCCAUGAGUGAGGAGUUCAGACCCCGCAGCAAAAGUCAGUCAUCUUCCAACUGCUCAAACCCCAUCUCAGUGCCUGUCAGGAGGCAUCAUCACAACAAUCCUCCCCCCAGUCAAGUUGGAUUGGGCAGGCGCUCUCGGGCAGAGAGUGUGACUGCCACUUCUCCUGGUAGGCCUGGUAAACAUAGCCAUUCAUUCAGAGUGAGAGCAUCCAGUGAUGGGGAAGGCACCAUGUCUAGGCCAGCAUCUGUGGAUGGCUGUCCUAGCAGCCCAAGCACAGUGCGGCCGCAAUCACAGCGGCACAGGGGUGGAUCCAGGCUUCACCCGCCACUCAAUCACAGCAGAUCUAUACCCACACCCACCUCGCGGUGCUCCCCCUCAGCUAUCAGUCCUGUUAGCCUGUCUUCCAGCAACACCAGCGGCCACGGGUCCACUUCUGACUGCCUUUUUCCACGCCGCUCUAGCGCCUCUAUAUCUGGAUCGCCCAGUGAUGGUGGUUUCAUCUCCUCAGAUGAAUAUGGAUCUAGUCCUUGUGACUUUAGAAGCUCCUUCCGCAGCGUGACGCCAGACUCACUUGGCCACACCCCACCUGCCAGAGAAGAGGAGAUAAAUAAUUACAUCUGCAUGGCCAAGCCUGGUUCACUUAUUGGGAGCCAAUCGCGGAGCCAAUCCAGAGGAACUCCAUCAAAACUGGAGGACCCUGAGUUGGAGAAAUGUUUCAGGAAGCGAACGCAUUCUUCUGGUGCAUCGCCGCCAACCCCAUGUCACCAAAAGACCCCAUCGCAGUCUUCUGCCGCAUCGUUGGAUGAAUAUACUGUAAUGAUGCCUGCAUAUCCUAGAAGCCGCUCUGCUUCAUCAUCGUCAUCAACGUACAAGAAUUCAUUCAUGCCUACACAUUCAUACCCAGAAGAAGGAUUAGAAAUGUCAAGAGCUAAAGAAAACUGUGGGCCAGGGCACAAAGAUGAUGGCUACAUGCCCAUGUUGCCAGGUGUUGCACCUGCAACCCCCACAGUGAAAAAUGGUGACUACAUGCCCAUGAGUCCAAAAAGUGUGUCUGAACCACAACAAAUUAUCAACCCCUGGCAGCACUCGCAUGUUGACUCCAAUGGCUAUAUGAUGAUGUCACCAAGUGGCAGCUGUUCUCCAGAUGGCACAACAAACUAUGGCAAGAUCUGGACUAAUGGUGUCAACCCCAAGCUCUCCAUUGAGUGUAUGGAAGGAAAAGUGUCAUCUUGUGGAGACUACAUGAACAUGUCCUCAGCUAGUUGCUCCACGACCAAUACGCCACCAGACUGCUUCUUCAACCCUGUUGAGGAUCAUCCCAGGCCUAUGUAUGGCUACUUCUCAUUGCCUUGCUCCUUCAAACAUGCCAACAGAAAGCAGGAUCAGAACCCACUUCGGAUGUCACUGGGCUCCAGUCGUGUGGCUUAUGCAGAUUCCUCCUCAUCUUCAGCGAGCAGCGACAGCCUGGGUGGUCAAGGCAACUCGCAACAGUCUGCUGUCAGACCCAAAAGGUCAGAGGGCAACAGUAGGCUGACACGUCCAACACGGCUGUCACUGGAUGCUAGCAAAGCAAGUACUCUACCACGAACACGUGAGAGUCCCUUCCCUCCAGAGACCAAUAGUCCUGGGGAGUAUGUCAACAUUGAGUUCAACGACAAGGCGUAUUCAGUGAGUUUAGCAUCACUUUUCCCAUCUGUGUUCACUGGCAGUGACGCUGAGGCCCCGUCAGACCUUUCAUCGUCUGAGUACAUGAACAUGCAGGUGGGGUCACAGGCAAGGCGGCUGAGCCCAGAAAUGGAGAUUUCCACAUCCUGUUCAGACUAUGCCAUCAUCACUCCAUCAAACUCUGUAUCUUCCGCUCCUUUGCCAUGUGAGAGCAUAUGUGAGCGUGACUACAUCAGCAUGCAGUUGGGAUCCUGCACUAGCUAUCCUGAUAAACAAAUGAUGGUCAUGACUGAAGCCUUGCCAGAUGCUGAAGCCCCUCUCAGUUCUGUAUCACCCAAUCAUGACAUCUCAACGUUAAGCGGCCCUCUGUCAGGGCUUUGUGCCUUCACACGGGUUAACUCCACGUCUGGGCGGAACCAAGGGGCUAAAGUUAUCCGUGCUGACCCACAAGGUAGGCGGCGACACAGUUCGGAGACUUUUGCGUCCACAACAAUUAGAGGGUCGGUUGACACUUCAGCGGCCUGUCAGUCAGGUGAUGUCAAGCGUCACAGUUCCGCCUCUUUCGAGAAUGUUUGGUUAAGACCUGAUGAGGCCUCUACUACGGCCGCUUCUCCUGUGUUCACAGUAACCAGUGGACAAAGGGAAACCACUUCUGACCCAAUUCCCACUUUGAGUCAUGACCAGAACGGCCUGAACUACAUAGAUCUGGAUCUAGUACAGAAUGGUGAGCAGCAUGUUCCAGACUGGAAUGUGUUCCAAUCUCAGCCAGUGGAACAAGGAGCCGUGGAAGGUAUAGAGGAGCUCAGUGCCUACGCCAGUAUAAACUUCCAGAAAUCAGAUGAGACCAGAGGGAAUCUCACACACAGAGAAGAGCCGCUUGUUAAAGUGGAGACAGGCAAAGAUGUGGAGGGAUGGAGUGGAAGUAAAGAGAGAGAAUGAAGAGUACAAUGUCACUGCUUUGAGACUCAAGACUCAAUCUCUUCCCACUUACCAGAAGCCGGACCUCAAUUAAACUGGACCUCAGUAAAUACUAACCUAAUUUUCCUGGACUAAACUAUCAGCCAUACGCUACCAAAACCACAUGGAUGCUACAUAACAGGACCUCACAAAUGCUGGAAUCCACUAACCAGAAAUCUGCAACAGCUUGUACUCCUCAAAACCGCACUUUCAAUAUGCACACCUCUUCAGACUUUACCAGAACUUGGGCAUCACUGUCCAACCAAUAACUGUUAAUCACUGUUACAUUUCUACCAUCAUAAAUGGUGCAACGGCACCUUUCUACAUAGUUACGAGGUCAAUGGUACUGCAGUAGUAGUUUCUCAAUGCAGUGUUACAUUUUUGAAUUCAUAUUUAUGUAAAUGAUGGUACAUUAUUAGUAGCAACGUAUGACAAAAUUUUUUGGUACAGGGAUGCUCUUCAAAGUAGCCAUCUUGUGUUGGAUUUGUACAACAGCGUAAUGCCCCAACAAUGUUGUAUAUUGUACCCAUUUCCCUUGGCACUGCCAGUUAUUUCCGAUAUAGUUGGUACUACACAUUAUAAUACAACUCGCAAUUACACACACUUUUAUACACCCAGUACAGACAACCUCAAACACCCAGACUUGACCUCAGGACUUUGUUUAAAGAGUUUACACACACUGUGUUUCAGCACUGUGAGCCAAGACUGACCUCAUGCUGCCAAACACACCGUGAUGUCCGUCAAACCCUUUGAAUUCAUGUUUUAUUUCACAUUUUAAUUGCAUUGAUUACCUUUAUGUAACAUAUGAGUACAUAUUGGCUUCCAAAUAGUUAAAUACUUUGGUUUUUUUUUUUUUUUUUUUUAAAAAAUCACAGAUCCAAAAAAAUUUCUUAUCUCGUUGGAAACUAACGAUACACUGUUGAGAUUUUGCAGAAUCGUGGUGUGGUGUUUUUUUUUGUUUUUUUUUCGUGCUAACAUCGCAAUCGAAUAAGAGGCCUUUCAGCCCUGAUUGGGCUAAUUUACAAGCUUGUUCAAGCAAUCACAUUUUUUGGGUGUAUAAAUUACAUGACAGAACUAACGUUACUGAUCUAAUUGUACCACCAGUAGUGGGUCAAACUGAACACAAACUUGCACAAAAAUGUGUGCUGUGGUUCAGUAUGAUACGUUAAAAAAGCUUAAUGGAAUCGGAGUGCAAGUAAUAUUACUGGCAGCAGUCAUGUUUUUAUUUUUUAUUUUUUAUUUUUUUGUAUCCUGCUGUUAAGCCUUGGAAGUCAUUAAAAGUUGCCUGCAACUUUUUAAAGGCUAUUUUAUUUUAUUACAGUUAUAUCUUGUAUUUCCAAUGUUUUAUUUUUGCGUAAAAUAACUCUUGUGGCAACAGGUUUUAAAAAGAAAAAAACUCUCAAAAUGUCAUUUUUGCUGCUGAAAUGAAACAACCAAUGAACAAUCUGUAAAUUAUUGAAUAUAGAAAUUGUUGUUUGUUCACUUUUAAGAGUUAAAAGUAUUUAACGUUAAAUGGUUUGUGUUCCGUUAUUUUUUUGCCUACUUUAGAAUCCCGACACAUCGUUUUGAAAAUGUGUCUACUGUUCUUAAAUUCGAUCUUUUUUUUUGUGGAAAUAAUUACUUUAUCGUAAUUUGUGUAAUCCAACCUUUUGAGAAAAAAAUGGUACAGUUCUAUAGAGUUUCUUUAAUUUUUUUAAAAAGAUGGAUAUUAAUGUUAUAUGCACAUUAGGGACUUCCCUUUCCCCCCACCAAAAUGGAAUCGUUUUUGGGAAGCUGUUACACUUGCGUUUCCCUGAAUGCUGUUUGACUGUGAGAGUGGUGUUCUUGUAACCCGAUAGGCUACUGUAAAGGUUGUUUGUCAUUUGAUAGUUUGCAGUUGUCAAUUUAGCACCCUGCUGUCAUGUUGAGAUACCGCAUAGGGUGUAGUGUAUCUUGUUACAAGAACAUCACUGUUCCAACCUUUAUAUGGCCAAACAUCUCAAACAAACUUGUAUAUAAUUUAUUGUAUAAAAGAAAAUUGAUGAUCAAUACUGAUGGGUACUGGACUGACCAGGGAUGUUUUAUGAAAGCUCAAAGCAAGCAGGUGAUUUGUCAUCACAUAAAUGAAUGAAUUAAAACAUGUAAACAAAAUGAGUGUAUGUACAGAUGAAUGGAUGUAUGCACAUGUAUACAAAUAUGUUUGUAUGAAUGAAUGAAUUACCAGCAGUAAAGAGAGGGCUGUGUAUAUACCCCUCCCUGCCUCCCCUUUUUAGAAGAAUGGUAUGUUCUGGAACCUUGACGUGUAAUAAAGUAGAAGCGCUUAUCUUUU